AUGUACCAGUUUCCUGCGAGCGAGCUGCAGCUGUUUCUGGCAAAGAGAGACGCCGGUCGUGGCGCAUGGCUGACGGAAGAAGACGUGGUGAAGGGUGGAAGCGAAACCACCGGCUUGGAGAGUUUGGACGUGGUGCGAGCAAGGCUACGGCGUGUGGGGUUGUCGAACAUGGAGGUCAGUGGUGUGGGUGAGGAAGACGAAGCAAUAAGGAAAGGCACUGUGAACGUGUUGGUGAAGCUACCGGGACAUAUUUCAGGUGCUGAUUUGAUUCAACCAGCAGUGCGAAUUGCAACGAUGAAUGAACUGUUCGCGCCAGAGAAAUACGCUGAAGAAUGCCGAUUACUGGAUGAAUGGGCUAUCAAUGCUGUACACAAGAUUCCUUCCAUCUGCGAAUUUAUGAGGAACUUGGGUGGAUGCACUAAACAUGGACAAAUUUAUUGGAGAAUGGAAGAUAAGCAAGUGGUGUCGGUGCUGCUAGAAGGAUGGCUUUUAAAGUCUUCUCCCAAAAGCAGCUACUUUUGUAAAAUGAUGCAGGGUAUCGUGGUGGGCUCGCCGGGCGUUGGCAAGUCGACGAUGUUAUGCAUGAUGGCCUUUUAUCUCGUUUUCAGCCAUAAUAAAAAUGUGCUGGUGUACCGGCGAAUGGUCCAAUAUGGAGAAAAGUACUGUCUCAUUUAUAUAGGUCACGAGAAUAGUAAGGUCGUGCAGUUUACAGUGUCGGAGUGUGACAAAAAGUAUGCGACUGCCAUAUAUCGGGAGCUUCGCCAGAAGGGCAUAUCAAACGUGUGGUUGUUGAUGGAUGGAUUUCUAUCCGACGAUAUUCCUGAGGGUUUAAGGACUUUUAAGAUGUUGACAACGUCACAGCAAGUGACUUUAAAGUCAGGAGAAAAAGCAGGUACUUACUGCUGUCUGUUGCCUUGUUGGUCGAAGACGGAUCUCUUGUCGCUGGGAAGUCUUAUUUUCAACUACACCGUUAACGAUAUGGAAAAGCGUUUUGCUUACUCUGGUGGAAGCGUACGUGACUUUACACGCGCUGGAUUAGUGGGCAUACGUAAUCAAAUUCAUAAAGCGGUCAGUAGCGUGGAUGAUGUCUUCAGCCAGCUAUCUAACUCUAAUACGUUAACGGGGAGAUCUCAAGUUGAUCGUUUGCGCCAUACGUUUGUCAAAGAUAAGAGCGAUCAAAAACAUUAUCUUUACAGGGAGUAUUGGGUACAAGUUAUCGACUCAGAAUAUGCUUUGUCUAAUCUUUUGUCGAGACUCCAAUCGGAUGCGCUGUUUCGGAUUUAUACGUGGUCAAAAAGCGCUGGACCUAAAUCACUUACUCGAAGCGUUUUCAAGAUCUAUAUACAUCGCCUUGCUGCCGAUAAGAUGUUGCGCCUGUCCGUUUCAGAAUACGAUCCGCCCGAGAGAAGGAAACCAAACGAAGAGCGGUAUUUUGAAGGGAAGCAGGUGGGCGUGAAAAAUGGUGGUGCACUUCACUCCGGAACGGCAAGCGAUCAUGUGAACGACCUGACGCAAUGGCGAGAUGCUGACGAGUACGCGUACUGGUUUCCUUUCUGUCAUGAUUUUCCGAAUAUUGAUAGCAUCGUGAAGCUUGAGAGAAAGCGGUCAUCCAGCAAGAAGAGUAACGUGGCGUAUCUUCAGAUCACUGUUGAAGCAGAGCAUAAAGUUGAUGGCACGCAGUUGCAGAAGAUGAACGAGAUCUUUUAUCCAGACCAUGUAAAGAAUGCUGGCGAUACCGAAGCACCAAUCUACAUUGCUGUUUGUCCGGAUCUUGAAUCGUGCAAAGCGCUUGUCCUGAAGCCACCACUCGAAGUUCUUGCAAUGAGAAACACGUGCCGACUCUAUGUAGGCUACUACCAUGAGGUUCAAUUUGCCACGGCCACUGACGGCACGAUUCAUUUCCUACCUAUUCAGGAAGCCUUGCCUUCUCCACCAUACAACUUUCGAGCAAAGCGAUUACGGGAGGAGUAG